ACAGUAAUUAAUCAUCAUCAUAAUAUAUAAUGGGAAGGCUAGUUGUAACAGUACUGUUCGUGUUGUGCUCGAUCUCUCUGACGACGACGUGCGCCGCGGCGCUUCGCGGGCACGAUCUCCGGCGAGCCAUGCGCGGCCGCCUCCUCGCCGACGGCGGCGGCGCGGUCGUGCCGCUCCACUGGUCCCGCGAGCUCUACAACGUGGCGAGCUUCACCAUCGGCACGCCGCCGCAGCCCGCGUCGGCGUUCAUCGACGUCGGCGGGCUGCUCGUCUGGACGCAGUGCUCGCAGUGCAGCAGCAGCAGCUGCUUCAACCAGGAGCUCCCGCCGUUCGACCCGACCAAGUCGUCCACCUACCGGCCGGAGCCGUGCGGCACCGCCCUCUGCGAGUUCUUCCCGGCGAGCAUCCGCAACUGCUCCGGCGACGUGUGCGCCUACGAGGCGAGCACCCAGCUGUUCGAGCACACCUCCGGGAAGAUCGGCACCGACGCCGUCGCCAUCGGCACGGCCACGGCGGCGAGCGUCGCCUUCGGGUGCGUCAUGGCGAGCGACAUCAAGCUCAUGGACGGCGGCCCUUCCGGAUUCGUCGGGCUAGCGAGGACGCCGCUGUCUCUCGUCGCGCAGAUGAACGUCACCGCGUUCUCGCACUGCCUGGCGCCGCACGACGGCGGCGGCGGGAAGAACAGCCGGCUGUUCCUCGGCGCCGCCGCGAAGCUUGCCGGCGGCGGCAAGAGCGCCGCCAUGACGACGCCGUUCGUCAAGAGCUCUCCCGACGACAUCAAGAGCCUCUAUUACCUGAUCAAUUUGGAAGGGAUAAAAGCCGGCGACGAGGCGAUCAUCACGGUGCCCCAGAGCGGCCGCACCGUCCUACUUCAGACCUUCUCGCCGGUCAGCUUCCUGGUCGACGGCGUGUACCAGGACCUCAAGAAGGCGGUGACGGCCGCCGUCGGCGGGCCGACGGCGACGCCGCCGGAGCAAUUCCAAUCUAUAUUCGACCUUUGCUUCAAGAGAGGAGGGGUCAGCGGAGCCCCGGACGUCGUGCUCACGUUCCAGGGCGCCGCCGCGUUGACGGUGCCGCCGACGAACUAUCUGCUCGACGUCGGGGACGACACGGUGUGCGUGGCGAUCGCGAGCUCGGCGAGGCUGAACUCGACGGAGGUGGCAGGGAUGAGCAUCCUGGGAGGCUUGCAGCAGCAGAACGUCCACUUCCUCUACGACCUGGAGAAGGAGACGCUCUCCUUCGAAGCUGCAGACUGCAGCUCACUGUCUCCUAAUUAAUUCAUGGCAAUGGCCGCUGCUGCUGCUUCCUUCAGGAAGCAGUUCUUGCUUAGAUUUGCAGGUGUGCAUACUUAUAUUGUCAGAAUAACACAACCAGGCGGCAUGCUUUGCUCUCAACUUCAGUAGCAUCGUGCUCUUCCGCUUACGUGCUUGUAUCC